UCCUAUAUGAGACAACUUUCUCACAGUUCUCCUUCAACACGAAAUCAUCAUCCAAUGCAUCAACUUAGAGAUUCAAUUUCUCAUUCAUCCGAACAUCAAUUUUGGCAAGUAAAUAACUGAUUUCAAUAAUCUCGAGGAGGAGAACACAAAUCAAUUCUGAUCUUUCAAAAUGAACGAACAGGUCCAUUCAAAAUUAUGUGAAAGCAGCCCAUUAGCCAUUUAUUUUUUCCGAUACUAGCUACUCAUGCAACUCCGCGUACUGCACGCAAGUCUCUCAUAAGAAAGUAGAAGUUUACCAGAAUUGUAAGUUAUUAGUUUCUCCUAAAGAAUCUACUGCUGAUACUUUCUUGGAAGUUGAUCACAAUGGAAGUUGAGAUAAUUUCAAGAGAAAACAUCAAGCCCUCUUCACAAACACCUCAUCACUUGAAAACCUACAAACUUACACUGUUAGAUCAAAUCAUUCCUCCUGUUUAUUAUCCAGUUCUCCUGUAUUUCCCCGCAGAUCAGCCUAAUUUCAGUGCAGAUGUUGAAUUCAUUUCUCACAGAAUACUACUUCUGAAACGAUCACUUUCUUUGAGUAUAACUCGUUUCUACCCGUUUGCUGGAAUAAUCACAGACAGUCUAUCUGUUGAUUGUAACGACGAAGGGGUUCCUUUUGUCGUGGCUAAAGUCAGAGGUUGUCUAUCGAAUUUUCUCGAUCAACCUGAUCUUCAACGGGUUCAAAGUUUCCUGCCUUUCGCGUUUAGUUGGGAUGAAAAAGCACAGGGAUCGAACGUUUUAAUGAUACAAGUGAAUGUUUUCGAUUGUGGUGGACUAGUGAUUGCCAUAAAUGUAUCCCACAAAGUAGCAGAUGGCAUAACACUCUGUACAUUUUUGAAAGAUUGGGGCCUAAUGGCACAAGGGUCUAGCCAAGAAAUAUUUCCUGAUUACAUGGCACAAUCUAUUUUUCCACAGAUAAAUAGCCUGCCAGACGAAAAGCACUUAUUUUCUGAUAUUAAGCACUUCUUGAAAAUAGCCAAGUACGUUCCAAGAAGAUAUGCUUUUGAUGCCUUGGCCGUAUCCACACUUAAGGCCAAAUCUACAAGCUCAGCGGUCAAAUCCCCCACGCGUGUUGAAGUUAUUUCAGCAUUCAUCUGGAAAUGUUUCAUGGCUGCAAAAUCUGGUUCAUCUUCGACAUCUUUACUGACUCAUGCGGUGAACUUGAGAAGAAAAACCGUGCCGCCCCUUUCUGAAAAUUGUUUUGGGAAUUUCUUAUGGAUAGCAGCAGCACAAAAUAGUAAUGAAAACGAGACAGAUUUGAGAACCCUGGUGAGCAAAAUAAGGGAAUCGAUAAGUGAAAUUGACGAUGACUUUGUUAAGAAUAUGCAAAGCGAAAAAGGGUGUCCUGGUUACUAUGAAAAUCUUGAGAAAACUUCACAGAGGAUUCCUAAAGAGUCUGGAAUUUUGUGUUUCAGCAGUUGGUGUAAGUUUGGAAUAUAUGAUAUCGACUUCGGCUGGGGAAGGCCAAUCUGGGCAUCCAACUGUGUACCUGCGUAUUCAGAAUCCCUAUUGCUCAAUAGUGUCACACUAAUGGACACGAGAUCUGGGGAUGGAAUUGAAGCGUUAGUGAUUCUAGAUGAAAAAUAUGUUGCAGCAUUCGAAAACAAUAAGGAGCUUCUGGCUUUCGCUUCCAUUGAUCCUAGUCCAAUGGUACUAGGGAAGCAGGCAUUGCUUUCAUAAAUCUUGCUGAGCUCUUGAGCAGUAUCUCUACUACCUCAGCAACUUCAUGUUAUUCUCUUUCUUGUUAUAAUGUAUUGUUUGUUUUUCAUUAAGCGCAGCCAUGUAAAAUUUGUGUUUUCUCUUUAGCUUUUAUCACCUAUUUAAAGCUUGAUUAGACUCAAGAUGAUAAGGGCUUUAUAUGAUGAUCAGCAAGACACUUCCCUUUUCAAGAU